UGCCAUAGACACGGACUGUUCCAGCAUCACUGGUUCUGUUGCCAUAGACACUGACUGUUCCAGCAUCACUGGUUCUGUUGCCAUAGACACUGACUGUUCCAGCAUCACUGGUUCUGUUGCCAUAGACACUGACUGUUCCAGCAUCACUGGUUCUGUUGCCAUAGACACUGACUGUUCCAGCAUCACUUGUUCUGUUGUCAUAGACACUAACUGUUCCAGCACCACUUGAUCUGUUGCCAUAGACACUGACUAAUCCAGCAUCACUUGUUCUGUUGCCAUAGACACUGACUAAUCCAGCACCACUUGUUCUGUUGCCAUAGACACUGACUGAUCCAGCAUGACUUGUUCUGUUGCCAGGGGUUCCAUAGACAUGUAGUGAAACAGCUGAGCUCUGGAAGGUUCUGAUACAGUGGACCUGGGAUACAUGGUUCUGGUAUAUACAGUUGGAAGUUUACAUACACUUAGGUUGGAGUCAUUAAAACAUGUUUUUCAACCACUCCACAAAUUUCUUGUUAACAAACUAUUGUUUUGGCGAGUCGAUUAGGACAUCUACUUUGUGCAGGACACACGCAGUUUUUCCAACAAUUGUUGGCAGACAGAUUAUUUCACUUAUAAUUCACUGUAUCACAAUUCCAGUGGGUCAGAAGUUUACAUACACAAAGUUUAAACAGCUUGAAAAAUCCCAGAAAAUGUCAAGGCUUUAGAAGCUUCUGAUAGGCUAAUUGACAUCAUUUGAGUCAAUUGGAGGUGUAUUUCAAGGCCUACCUUCAAACUCAGUGCCUCUUUGCUUGACAUCAUGGGAAAAUCAAAAGAAAUCAGCCAAGACAUCAGAAAAGAAAAUGUAGACCUCCACAAGUCUGGAUCAUCCUUGGGAGCAAUUUCCAAACGCCUGAAGGUACCAUGUUCAUCUGUACAAACAAUAGUACGCAAGUAUAAACACCAUGGUACCACGCAGCUGUCACACCGCUCAGGAAGGAGACGCGUUCUGUCUCCUAGAGAUGAACGUUACUCGGUGCGAAAAGUGCAAGUCAAUCCCAGAACAACAGCAAAAGACCUUGUGAAGAUGCUGGAGGAAACAGGUACAAAAGUAUCUAUAUCCACAGUAAAACGAGUACUAUAUUGACAUAACCUGAAAGGCCGCUCAGCAAGGAAGAAGCCACUGCUCCAAAACCGCCAUAAAAAAGCCUGACUACGGUUUGCAACUGCACAUGGGGACAAAGAUCGUACUUUUUGGAGAAAUGUCCUCUGGUCUGAUGAAACAAAAAUAGAACUGUUUGGUCAUAAUGACCGUUAUGUUCGGAGGAAAAAUGGAGAGCCUUGCAAGCCAAAGAACACCAUCCCAACCAUGAAGCACGGGGGUGGCAGCAUCAUGUUGUGGGGGUGCUUUGCUGCAGGAGGGACUGUUGCACUUCACAAAAUAGAUGGCAACAUGAGGAAGGAAAAUUAUGUGGAUAUAUUGAAGCAACAUUUCAAGACAUCAGUCAGGAAGUUAAAGCUUGGUCGCAAAUGGGUCUUCCAAAUGAACAAUGACCCCAAGCAUACUUACAAAGUUGUGGCAAAAUGGCUUAAGGACAACAAAGUCAAGGUAUUGGAGUGGCCAUCACAAAGCCCUGACCUCAAUCCCAUAGAAAAUUUGUGGGCAGCACUGAAAAGCGUGUGCGAGCAAGGAGGUCUUCAAACCUGACUCAGUUACACCAGCUCUGUCAGGAGGAAUGGACCAAAAUUCACCCAACUUAUUGUGGGAAGCGUGUGGAAGGCUACCCGAAACGUUUGACCCAAGUUAAACAAUAUAAAGGCCAUGCUACCUGAUAGGUAGUUGAGUGUAUGUAAACUUCUGACCCACUGGGAAUGUGAUGAAAGAAAUAAAAGCUGAAAUAAAUCACUCUCUACUAUUAUUCUGACAUUUCACAUUCUUUAAAAUAAAGUGGUGAUCCUAACUGACCUAAGAAAGUGAAUUUUUACUAGCAUUAAAUGUCAGGAAUUGUGAAAAACGAGUUUAAAUGUAUUUGGCUAAGGUGUAUGUAAACUUCCGACUUCAACUGUAUGUAGAUGAGAUAGAUUGAAUAGAUAUGUAGCACAUAUAGGGUGGUUUCUGGUUCUCUCUUUUGUCUCUCUCCCUUUCUUUAGACACCCCAAUGGUUAACUGUAUAUAAAAACAUGCUCACUUUAAUAUAUAAGUUAAACGUAGUUGUUUUUGUUGAUGGAUUGAGUGUUUUUGUGUGUGUGUUUAUUUGAACAAAAGUGAUCCAAAGCAUGCUUGCUUCGGUACGAAAAACUGUGGUUGUGUCUGAAAUAUUUCAAGCCUACUGCUGACUAAUCAAAUCACAUGUAUUUAUAAAGCCCUUCUUACAUCAGCUGUUAUCUCAAAGUGCUGUACAGAAACCCAGCCUAAAACCCCAAACAGCAAGCUAAAAUGUACUAGCCAUACUACAUACGGAUAUACUAGUAAAACGCAGUAUUAGACGUUAAACAAAUAUCAACAUACUUGGCUCAAACGACAGGAAAGAAGCAGCGGACACUUGCGGCUGUUCGGUCACAGUUUCUGACGGACGUUUUAUGGUGUUACACAACAUACCGGUACGUCCAUUUUCGUUUGUCAAACUGAACACAAUGCUAGCCAGCAGCUAACAAAAUGAGUUUGUUUUUGGCCAAAUUGUCAUGCAAAAGGGACAUAGACGAGGUAAUAAAAACUGUCGCUGAAAAGGUUUUAGUUCUUCGGUUUGGAAGAGAUGAAGACUCGGUCUGCCUGCAGCUUGACGAGAUUCUGUCCAAAACCUCCCACGAUCUGAGUAACAUGGCGUCUAUCUACAUCGUGGAUGUGGACUCAGCUCCCGUCUACACGAGAUACUUCGACAUCAGCUACAUCCCAUCUACCGUCUUCUUCUUCAACGGACAACACAUGAAGGUUGAUUAUGGGUCUCCAGAUCACACCAAGUUUGUGGGCAGUUUUAAGACCAAACAGGACUUCCUGGAUCUGAUCGAGGUGAUCUACAGAGGAGCUAUGAGGGGGAAGAUGAUCGUCAAGAGUCCCAUCGACCCUCAGAACAUCCCCAAGUACGACCUGCUCUACCAUGGGAUCUAACCCUAUCACGACCUGCUCAACCAUGGGAUCUAACCCUAUCACGACCUGCUCAACCAUGGGAUCUAAUCCCAUCACGACCUGCUCAACCAUGGGAUCUAGAUUUCACCACGAUUCCCCACCCUUCAGUGCGGUUUCAAGCACCCUGGCUGCAGAUCUUGUCUGGGGGGCCUUCAGCACGGUUUGAGCGCUCAAGCUGCCGACAAUUCAUGGGAAAAGAAAACGUCUGACCAGCACAGAACGGAUUGGCCCAGCCUGGACAAUUGUGGUAUUGACGUUAUCAAGAGACACCAGACGUAGUGUUUAGUGAAACUGUCCAUAACGUGAGGUUUGAUAUUUCCGAGGGCAAUAGAUCUCUAUAAGAGACACAGGUACAUGUCAGAGUGGACAAUCCUUUAUUUCAUACAAUGAAGACUCGUUGACAGCUGGGCAUUUCUUGUUGCCUCUUGUUUAUAGUGGGAAUGCUGAAUCUAAUUCAUGUUUAGUGACGAGGUCUGACCCCUUUUGAAAUGUGUUAAUAAAUGUGUCACUUCAAAUAA